AUGAAGGAUACUCAGAAAGACGAAGGCAGCGAAGAGCUUCCCCUCUUUUAUAUUUCCUUUUCUCGCGAGGACGGAAGCCAGAAGUGCUCGCGUCUUGAAGUGCGGAAGCAGCACGGACGGGGCCUCGAAACGGGAGUUGUGGCCCAGAAUGGAAACAGUGGAAGUCCAAAAAGGAAAAAGCUCCCUCCUUUCGGUCUCUUUCCGGUCUCCUUGGAUUGUCUUGAGUGGCCUUGCCAGGACGAAGCGGAUUUCCCCACGGAAAGGGAUUUUCGAAUCGAGUCGGUGAUGCCAAAAAAGGGGACGCGCCAUGCGUCCUUCGCGCGUGUCGGUGACAGGAACCCUGUUCUGAAUCCCCCAGAAUCACAGGAGACGAAUGCGUCUUCUCGAAAUGGUGACAAACCAAACUAUGAGACUGGAUCGGGGUUACAGGAUGCCAACAUGUGUCUAGGGGCAAGGAGAGAGGUCGCCGCACUUGCGCCCAAGCAUCGAGCUGCAUCAAGGAGCGGCAAGUUCGGAAAUGCCAUGCAAAACGGGGACGUCUAUUCUUGGAAGCUGCUGAGAGAUAAGCAUAAACGGGUCGAUAUCCCUUCGCGUCACGAGAACAUCACCUCGCCAAACAAACAAGCGCCCCCCGUAACUCUUAUCUCCCGCCCACACCGGUCGACAUUGUCGCUGGAGGGAGACGAGGCCCGCAUGCUGGGAGGAGCUGGGUUGGGGUUGGAUUUUGGGACGGGAGUUGGGGUGUAUGUGGAUGUUGGUGUGGAUUUGGGGUGGAUGAGGAUUGUGCUUUGGCCAGAGGAGGUUGAAGCAGACUUCCGGAAUGUUACUUUGGAUGCAAUCUGCAAAUGGAAGAUGGAUGCGGUGAACCGCUUGGUGUGCCGCAUGUGUACCGUACGCAUGUUGCGGUUGCGGCGGGCGGUACGGCGAACAGGCGCCAUAUGCGGUCAUCUCACGCUCAACUGGGAUGCCAAAGGUGACUUCCAGGACUGGGGUGAUGCUGUCCCGAUCCGAACGAUAGGAACUUCCCGGACAUUGUUUAGACACUCGGGGAGCGGUGAGGAGACGUAUCGGCCGUGA